AAUUCAGAAUAUCUUGGGUUCACAGUGCAUCAGACACCGACAAUUCAGAGGAAGCAAGCAAAAGAGGAGGAGAAGAGAAGCGAAGGCGCGAUCGGCGGGCGGCAGGCUGCCAUAACUCCGCCUCGCGGUGACCUCGCACCCGCGAUGUUAAUGGAAACGCCGCGCCCUUUCCUUCUCCCCCUCCCCACUCCUUCCCAUCACCCCUCUUCCUCUUCCUCUUCCUCCUCCUCAGCGAUGGCGAUGCUCUUCUCUUCUUUCCGCUGCAGAUAGCUAGCUAGACUAGAGAUAGCGGCUGCGCUUGUGCUUGUUUGCGUGUUCUUGCGGUUGAUCUUGUGGCCGUCAGCCAUGGCGAGGUGCGGCGAGCUGGUGGAGGAGGAGGACGACGACGAGUACGCCAAGUUGGUCAGGAGGAUGAACCCGCCCAGUGUUGUGAUAGACAAUGACUCGUGCGACAGUGCAACUGUCAUCCGGGUUGAUAGGGUCAAGAAGCAUGGCAUUUUACUGGAGGCUGUUCAAGUACUUGUGGACCUGAACCUCGUCAUCACCAAGGCCUACAUUUCUUCAGAUGGCAACUGGUUCAUGGACGUGUUCAAUGUGACCGAUCAGGACGGUAACAAGCUGCAGAACACGGAGGUCACUGACUGCAUCAAGAAAUGCUUGGAGUCGGAGGAUUACCUGGUGCCGCCGGCGAGCGGGCUGGACGGUGGCGCUGCGCCGUCGGAGGAGACCACCUGUGUUGAGCUGACCGGCACCGACCGGCCGGGGCUUCUCUCCGAGGUGUGCGCCGUGCUGGCCUCGCUGAGCUGCAACAUUGUGAAUGCCGAGGUGUGGACGCACGACAGGCGCGCCGCCGCCGUCAUCCAGAUCACUGACGAGGCCACCGGGCUCCCCGUCCGCGACGGCCGGCGGCUGUCCCAGCUGCAGGAGCUUCUCGGCAACGUCAUGCAGGGGGACAGCGACGGCGGCGGUGACAGGAAGGGCAGCACCGCCGUGUCCCUGGGCGCGGCGCACGCCGAGAGGCGCCUGCACAGGCUCAUGCUCGACGAUGCCGACGGCGACGCCGGCGGUGAGGAGAGGAGCGGUGGCGUGGCGGUCAAGCCGAAGGCGAAGGUGGUGGUGAUGGACUGCACGGAGCGGCGGUACACGGUGGUGAUCCUCCGGUGCAGGGACCGGCCGCGGCUGCUGUUCGACACGCUGUGCGCGCUCACCGACCUGCACUACGUCGUCUUCCAUGGCACCGUCGACGCCGAGGGCGGCAGCAGCAAGGAGGCCUACCAAGAGUACUACGUCCGGCACGUCGACGGCCACCCCGUGCGCUGCGACGCCGAGCGGCUCCGCCUCGUCCGCUGCCUCGUGGCCGCCGUCGAGCGCCGCGCCUCCGACGGGCUGGAGCUGGAGGUGAAGACGGAGGACAGGGCGGGGCUCCUGUCGGAGAUCACGCGCGUGUUCCGGGAGAACAGCCUGUCGAUCAUCCGGGCGGUGAUCACCACCAAGGACGGCGAGGCCGACGACACCUUCUACGUCUCCGACGCCUACGGCAACCCCGUCAACGGAAAGGCCAUGGAGACGCUCGGCGAGCAGCUCGGCCACGCCGUGCUGCGUGUCAAGAGCAACAGCCGCGCCGCCAUCAAGCGCGCCGAGGACGGCGGCGGCGGCGCGGCGUCCAUCAUUGGCAACCUGCUCAAGGGCUCGUUCCAGGGGUUCAGGCUCAUCCGAUCCUACUCCUGAAAACAAAAAAAAAUGUUCCUUUCUUCACACUCAGAAGGAUCAGAACACGAUCUUGUUCAUACAGAAUCAUCAUCAAGAACCUGACGGCUUAGCUUAGGGAAUAAUUGAGGAUGGAGUGCUGUAAAUAGUCUUGUGGAUAUUUGAAAACGCCAUUGCUCCUCAACAUCAUAAGCAUAGGUUAACAUGCAUUGUACAUAUAAUUUCUACAGUGUUUUUUGUGGGUUAAAGGAUUAAAACUCUGUCUGACUGUCUUGAGUGGAGAAUCCAUGUCUGAGAUGGGUCUAAAUGGGCUGGACCUGAAUUGGUGAUAGCCUUUAGGCCUCAUCACACACUGCUUUUCUAGUCAAAUUUUU